UUAUAAUUUCCGCUGUAACGCAUGCGUAUUUGAGGCUUUUGCGACUACGGCGACACAUUUACAUACUUACUAUCGAAAAUCGUAAAAUUUAGUCCAACGGAUUCACGAAGAGUCUUCUAGAGACGAAGUCAGAGAUAGUAUAGUAUUAUAAGUACAUGCCGAAAGAAGAAUUGUUACUCCAUUUUUUGAAUUUUUUAUAAUUUAACGGCCAUAGGUACGAACCACCUGAAGUGUGUUCGCGCGAACUCGUCAGCGUGUAAAAAACCAAGGCGAAUUGACAUACGUAGGAACCUAGAAAUAUAAAGCGAUAGCAACGAAGACGACGUACACUGUGACAUCGGACUACGUUGAUUGUCUCAUUUUUAUGCUUACGUGUAUGACGUGUGUGUGUGUCUCGACGACGAUGAGUGUUUUUUGAAGGCGCGUGCUCUUGCACUACAUCAGUAAAUCACUCCUUAUAUAUCCUGUAAUACUUAGUAGCUCUUUUGAAAAGCCGUUUGCCAUUGCAGCAGCUCUACAUCAUAGGUCAGGAUGUCGAAUAAGCCAAAACAAGUCUUAAUUAUAGAACCGCAAAAUGAGCUACGAUUUCGGGGUCCAUUUACAGGAACUCCAAUAGCUUCAUAUUUGAAGCUUAAAAAUCAAACAAGCGAUCAAAAAAUUUAUUUUAAAAUAAAAACUACUGUUCCUAGAAAAUAUUGUGUUAGACCAAAUUCUGGUCUGAUAAAAGCAAAAGAAGAAUGUGAAGUUGCAGUUUGUUUACAACCAUACAACUUUGAUCCAAAAGAAAAGAGUAAGCAUAAGUUCAUGGUUCAAACUUAUACUGUUCCAGAAGAUGAUCCAGAUGAGAAUGUACAAGAAAUAUGGAAAGAUAUUAAAUCUGACAAAUUUGUGGAUACAAAACUUAAAUGUAUUUUUGAAAAUUCUGGUAGUACUUCUACUAUAUCUAAAGCUAAAAGAACAAGUAAACCUGAUUUGAAUUCUACUGAUGGUAAAAGUAAGAUUAACGACGAUGGUUUGAAAUCAUCACCAAAGGCUAUGAAUGAAGUUGAAGAAAAGUUCUUGCAAGCAUCACAAGAAGUUAAUCGAUUAAGGUUGGAAGAAAACAAUCUUAGGGAGGAAAAUCUGUUUUUAAAGGAAGAUGUAAUGAAGUGGAAACAUGCAGCAAUGGAUAAUGACACACUCCUGACUUCAAUACCAGGUCUGACUUCGCAUCCCCGUAAUCCAUUGGUUAUGUCUACCAACAGCAUUAUCAUCGCCGUGAUUAUGGUUGUAAUUGGUUAUAUCUUGGGGAAAUUCAUUUGAAGAGAUUUCGUCUUGUUGUAACCACUUUUGGUACACCACUCCCUCUUUUCUUAGCCUACCCUUCCUGCCACUUGAUAUGUCAUUGACACUACUACUACUCCUAUUAUUACUAUUAUUACUACUAUUACUACUAUUAUAAAUGCGAAAAGAGACAGCAAAAACAAUUUACGGAAUCAGUCACUCCGUUGUUUAUAAUAAAUAGUUAUUAUCAACUUGUAGUACAGCCCAUAAAAAUAAUUAGAGUCGUUUAUUAGGCCAGUGUGCUUAAUGGAAUAAAGGCAAGCGGAAGUAAAAUCCUUUUUUAAGAAUCUUGAAGCAUCAUAAAGUCGUUAUAAUUUAAUUUAUUUUAUUAGUUUUCUCAUUUUAUCAGAUUGAAUAGUUGUAAAUGAUUUUGGUUAGAGGUGUAAAUAUCACUUUCCAUUGUAAUAUAAUUUUGAAAAGAGCAAAAACCUGGGUGUACGAAUUCACGGUUGCACUUCCUAUGAUUAUUUUUACCCUUAUUUUAUAAUAAUGUUUUUCUGUAUAUUUUCAUUGGCUUCGUUUUCUUACGAAAGGAUUUUUGUGUUGUGCCACGCGUCAGUGUCUUUAAUGAAAAAGAUUUUAAAAAUAAAAAAAUAAUAAUAAAUCGUGUCAUUAAUAUAUUAGGCUUAUUAAAAUGACUUUAAUUUCAAAAAUUUAAAUUGUAUUAUUUCAAAAGAUGUUGAUUUGUCUUGAGUUUGUCUCAAAUCCAGUAAUUCAUCACUAUAUAAAAAUGAAAACGAUAUAUUUCAUCGGUAAUUUAGAAUUAAAUAAACUAGACUUGACUAAAUGGAAUCUGUCUGGUCGCUAUUAGUGUGCAAUAAGGCUUAUUCAAUUUCUUUGGAAGUAGAUUUUGAACGACAAUGCCUCUAAUAUUAUAAAUUGCUCUUGGAUUAACAUUUAGUCCUCGUACAAUUAUCACUGAGUUGAAAAUUAGUACUAAAAAAUUUUAAGAUGUUUCUUAAUUAUUAUUUUUUAUUAUAGAAGUUUUUAUAUUUUAAACUGUUUUAUAUUUAGGAUAGACCUUAAGUCAAAUCUGAUAAUUGAAUCUGGUAAAUUUCUAAUUUUUAUGAAUCAAUAAUGUACAUAAAAAUAUGAUUCAAAUUAUUAAAUUUUUGUUUAUUAUAUAUUGGUCGAUGAGAUGCAAAUAAUGUAAAAACUUAAUGAGAAUAUAAUUGAGACGUUGAUUUGACAAGUGAGUGCAAGAGCUAUGUAGUUAUUCUUUUACUACUGGGCAGUUUUACAAAGAAUAUACAUGUAACAACUCCAAUGACAACUUUGACCUUGAUCGCAAUUUGAUCGUACCUGGAUGUAGAAUCGAACCAUACUACAUCACGCAUGCAAAAAUGAAGUUCAUAGACCAAAGUGAUAAAAUGAACUGCAGCUCCAUAAAUAUGGGCUUGAUCAUACUGUAUACGUAAAAACUGAUAACAUGUAUAUCAACAACAGUAAAAGCGGAUAUGGUGAUUUUACUCACUUACGUUCUUGUGAUUAGUUUGUACGAGCGUGCAAAGUGUAAUUCAAAGGCAUAUGAUAUCGAUUGAAGCUUGCUAUAGUGGCUGGAUAGGUUGUAGAAUAGAGAGAUAAGGGAAGGAGCGGAAAGGAGAACGAUAAGUAGUCUACCUUUAUAUUAUUUUUCUUUGUUUUAUGCAUUGUCUUGCCGUAAGUUUUUUUUAUUGAACACAUGA